GUGUACGGGGACAUGGAACGCAACCCCGCGCAGUUCGUCAAUCUUCUUGAAUCCGUCAGCAAGAAGGGGGAGGGUGUCGUCUUCCUUGGGAAGCCACACGCGCGAUCCGUGUGACGACACGUCAUCGUGAUGGAAGGGAACUCCGACCUAUUGCAAUUUGCAAUUGAUCUCGUCAAAAGCGAGGUCAAUUCGGGUGCCCACAAUUGCGAGUUCAUGGUCGUCAACGAGACACGGGCUCGCGCGUGGAACAACAAGACGGACAUGUGGUUCAAGUUGAGUGAGAGGAAGCGGAACAAGAUAUACGACUUCUUGUUCCUGCAAACGCGGCCGAAGAAGGACACUGACGCCGAGUACGUGCGCCGCAAGGACCACAUGUUCACGUUGUUCGACAAUUACCAUGGCGCCUCCCGCAUGAACGCGAAGACCUUCCUCAAUAGGUUGCAGUCCCUGUACUUCGUGGAGUCAGAGGAGGAGUUGACGUUCGGCAGUUACUCUUCCUUGAUCUCCACGGAAGACGAGGAGACCAUCGACAUCGAAUUCGACGUGAACGCGAACGAGGAGGACAGCGACACCGAAAGCCUCGACUUGCAGUACUACCCACAUCCCGCGCAGCACGCUACAGGGUUGUCGUUGGCAGGUCUGUCAACAAGCCUGGCAUCCCUCGUGUCACCGAUGGCGAAACCGGUGCUUGGCACUACCCCGAUGAAGUUGCUGGAGAGACUGCAAGCUCGGGCCUCUGGCCAUCGCGCGUUGCGUCCCGCGUCUCACAGCGACACCACGACAACGGAAGGCAGUGGUGGGGUGGCGGGGGAGGCCUUCGGUCAUCAGCAGUCUACUGGUCCCAUUCCGGAGGGCUCGACACAGUUCGCCGGCGUGCCCACUUCAUCCGCCGGCUCGGUGAUGGCAGCCUUGGUUGCUCUCCGCGCCGGCUCGGACGAAACGUUUAAGUCCGUCGGGAUCCGAACUUCAAUGCUUGAGGAGCGGACACAGAGGACGGCCGCGCAGAGCUGGUCGGGAGCAGGGGUGCCGAGUCAUGAUCCAAAAAUUGACAGCGGUGCGGUGAGGGACGGGAAUGCGCCGCCUGCGGGGGAUCGACGACCGCUUCGGUCGGAGCGAGAGGGUACCUGUGGAGGGCCCGGCGACAGGGAGACAGCGAAGUUCGUCGGGAUCCGAACUUCUUCAGGCAAGGGGGGCCGACCAGGGAUUGUGGUGUCGGCGGGAGGGGCUGCGUGCGUGGAGCCAGAAGGGCAUUCAUCGGAAUUCGACACAGGUUCGGGCGAAGUGGCUAGAUUGCAUGCAAGGGAAGGAGGCAGGGUAAUGGAUGAAGAGAAGGAAGGGGAGGAAGGAGACAAAGGGGAGGAAUGGGAGGAAGGAGGGGAUGAAGGGAAGAAAGAAGAGGAGGAAGGGGAGGAAGGAGAGGAAGGGGGAGAAACAGAAUUGGGUGAGUUGUUUGGAGGGAAGGAGGGGGAAAAAGGGGACGUCGAUACUGGAGACGACGAAUGGACGUUCAGUGACGACGAUGCCAGAUCUGGGGAGUCGUCUGACAGAUUCGGGCUGCUGUACGGAGAACAUCGCGAGGAAGACGACGACGACGAUGACACGGCAAUGGAGAUGGAGACACAUGUGGUCACCAACCUUUCGGCAGAACGUGAUGAUUAUGAGGUCCAAGCAAUGACGUCUGUCGUCGAUCUCCAACACCGGUUCAAUGAGGCUCGUGUUGCUGUCAGCCUGUCUAAACCAAAUGUCCAUAUAGACGUCGAAGAAGUUAUCGAUGGCAUCCUGGGCGGCCACCACAUGUCCGCGCAGCCGUCCUCGAUGCCUGAUGUCGACGACCCUCGCAACGUUAAACCUUCCGCGGCAUCUGUCGUGGCUUUCUCGCCGCCGAACUCUGCAAUACUGCCGCCGACCAUCGCCAGCGGAGGGGAAGGCGGGAUCGGGGGACGACAACAUGUCACGUCCCCAAAACAAACUAGGGUCGACACUCAAGCUCUCGACGUGCUGGCCUUGCCCGCGCCAAUUUCACCGAUGAAGGAGCAGAGUGACAAACCGGCUGGUAAGCUGUGACAAACGCCACUUUGUCUGCACGUCCGGCCUCCCAAGAGCAAGAGUGCGAC